AUGAACUCAGUAGGAUUUGGAGAAAGGGAAGUGGCUUUGAUAGCUGAUGAAUUAAGUAAUGCUGUAGAGCUCACGCUUAAUCCGACAGCCAAUCAAGAUGCCAGGAAACAGGCCUACACAGUAUGCGAAAGCUUCAAAGAAAAUUCACCAUGGUGUGCCCAAGCAGGCUUACUUCUGGCCAGUGGAACUCAAUACUCACCAGUUGUAAAGCAUUUUGGUCUUCAACUUUUGGAACACACCGUUAAAUAUAGAUGGACGCAGAUUACACAGCAGGAGAAGAUAUUUAUUAAGGAAAACUCCAUGAAACUUCUCUCUCUGGGUGGCUGGGAGACAGGUCAUUUGAAUGAUGCAUUAGCUCGUGUGAUAGUAGAGAUGAUAAAGAGGGAAUGGCCACAACAAUGGCCGACACUUCUCGCUGAACUUAGUGAUGCCUGUACUAGAGGACAUUUACACACACAAAUAGUUUUACAUGUAUUCCUGAGGCUAGUUGAGGAUGUAGCGACAUUACAGACUUUAGAACAACACCAACGGCGUAAAGAUAUAUAUCAAGCUCUGACGAGCAAUAUGGCAGAAAUAUUCUCAUUCUUCAUGAGACUUAUAGAAUUACAUGUACAAGAAUUUAGAGAGAAGACUGCGACUGGUGAUUAUGCUGCAGCGGCAAGCAAUGGCAGGGUUGUACAGGUUGUAUUACUGACUCUCACAGGUUUUGUGGAAUGGGUUUCGACAAAUCAUGUGGUGACAAAUAAUGGGAGGUUACUGCAAAUUUUAUGUAUAUUGCUCAGCGAUGAUGUCUUCCAACUACCAGCUGCUGAAUGCUUACUACAAAUUGUUAAUAGAAAAGGCUCGACAAAAGAGCGUAAACCGCUCAUGAUAUUAUUUAGUGAAGACGCAAUCUCUUGUAUUCAUCGCGCUGCGGUGCAAAGUAUCAAUGCCGCAGAUGAAGCACAUUACCUGUUCCUAAAGAAGCUCUCACAGGUUCUAGCUGGUCUUGCCCAACAACUGACCUCAAUGUGGAACUGUGCUACAAAUGUGGACUCGUGGCUGCCUCUUCUCCUUGAGACAAUGCUGCUUCUAACGUCCCACCCCUCACACACAUUGGCUCACACAGCUAACUCAGUGUGGCUCGCAUUUCUCAAACAUGAUCAGAUAUCAAAACUGCCACAUGUAUUGGCCAUGGUGCCCAGGUGGUUGCAAGCAGCCACACCUAAAAUAUUGAAGGUGUGGUCACCCCGUGAGUCUGUGGGCUGUGCGUGUGACUACGACAGCGACCACGAGUUCGCAGUGUUCUUCAGUCGCGCAAGAACUGAGAUGCUGGAGAGCUUCAGAUACUGUAUGACUGCCGCGCCUCUAGUGACCUGGUCGUAUGUCGAGCAAUGGACGAACACGGCGUUAGACAAGGUGGACUCGUGUCCGCUACAGUGUGACGUCACACACCCGCUACACGUGGAGUGGGAGGCGCUAGCACAAGUCCUGGACGUGGUCCUGUCUCGCCUGCUUCAAGCCGAGCCUCGCCCCAACGUGUCGGAGGGUCUGCGCCUCCUGCAGCGCUGCGUGUCGUGUGAACCCCGCGCGCCUCUCAUACAUUCACUGCUACUAUCUUUUAUAUCGGCCCUUUUUGUGUUCCUGAGCUGCGCGUACAGUCAGAUGGCAGGUCCUGGUGUCGGGUCAGCGGGCGUGGAGCUUCUGCCUCGUGUUCUGGAUAAGAUAUUCGCGUCGCUCGUGUACGAGGGGACGCCGCCUGAAGAUCGUAGUUCACGGAACGUAAAGAACGUGAGGCGACACGCCGCGGGGUUGUUGGUCAAACUCGGGUCUAAGUACCCGUUGCUGCUGCUGCCUGUGUUCGGUCGUCUCCACGAGCUGUCCCGCGCCGCGCUGGCCCGCCCCGACCUCAGCGCCAUGGAGAGCGUCACGCUGCAGGAGGCGCUGCUGCUGGUCUCCAACCACUUCUGCUGCUACGAGCGGCAGAGCGCUCUGGUCGCUCAAGUGAUGGGCGACUGUCGCGAGCGCUGGGCCGCCCUGUCCGAGCACAUCCAGUCCGCGGCCGGCCUGGCGCGCCUCAUCGGGCUGGACGCGCCUCCCAGCGACGACCCCGAGCGGGCCGCGGCGCGCCGGACCUUACUGCACGCCCUCACACUCACGCUCGGCGUCGUGAAGAGGACUCAGGUGCCGGCCGAUCCGGACAAGGCGGCUCGCGGGGGCUUCGGCGCGGGCGUCACGGCCUCGGGGAACCCCGUGUGGAGGAACCCGUGCGGGGUGCACGUGCUGCCCCUGUUCCCCGGCGUGCUAGCUCUGGCCCGCUCGCUGCACGAGCUGCACGCGCCUCACGCGGCCUCCCUGCGGCACGCGGAUCACGCGCGGGCCUUGUUGCCGCCGCCGGCGGAGCGCCGCAACCUCCUCGGGCUGCGGGACGAGUCGCCCUCCUCGCCCGCCGGACAGACCGCCUCGCCCACCUCACCACAGGACCGUAUGCAAAACCUUCUACACACGCUACACGACAAUGUGUGUCAACUGGUGGGCGCGGCGGCCUCGUCUCUGGGUCGUGAAUUGUACAGCUGCGCAGGCCUGGCGCGCGCGGUGGCGGGCUCUCUGUUGGGUGGUCCGGAGCGCCUGCCCGAGCACUGGCUGCGCCGCGUGCUGCGAGCCGCUCUCAGACCGCUCCUGCUGCACUGCCCGCCCGCUCACUACAGGGACGUGGCGCUGCCGCUGUUACAACAUCUGGCUCCUAUCAUGUUGGUACAUUUAAAUCAGCGCUGGGACUACGUGACGUCGUUAUAUGAGUCAGGGAAGUUGGAAGAAGAGGGGGGCAGUGAGUCACAGGAGGUGUUGGAAGAUAUGCUGGUCAGACAUCUCACCAGGGAACACUUGGACUUACUGAAGGUUUGUUUAGUGGAGGGCGGUGUGACCACUGAGAGUACGGACAUGGAGGAUGAAACUGUAACACCAGUGAAUCCUGGCCGCGCUCCGGAACAAGUUUCGGAGUUAGGAGGGAUCAUUAUAUCGGAUCCCGUAGCGGGACCUGCGGUCUUACACACAAUUCUCCGCGCCCUCACUUGGAACGAUUCAACGUCGUCUCUGCGCGCGUGUUCGCUGGCGUUACCGGCGCUACGAGCUGCCUUGGCCGGUAGAGGGACGGAGUCCCUACCAGGGGCUGGAGGCUCGCUGAGCGGCGGGGUCGCAGCCCUAGGCGCCGGUGAGGCUGCAGGCGCAUUGGCCGCCGUUCUACACGCGCUUAGACUACACGGACAGCACGAAGCGAAUCAGGCUGCGCUACUAGCGCUCGCUGUACAGACGUACGAGGCGCUCCGUCCCGUGUACCCGGAGGUGUCGUCCGUGCUGUGCGCCAUCCCCGGGGUGGAGGCGGUGGACGUGCAGCGUCUGGACGACAAGCUGGCCGCGCCGCCUCUCAGACCAGCCAAGGUCGACAAGAGCAAGAGGGACUUGUUCAAGAAGAUCGCCUCCAGGUUGAUAGGAAGAAACGUCGGACAACUGUUCAAGAAGGAGGUUUUCAUACUGGAUCUACCAACGAUGAACAUACCUAGAGACAAACCUCGCAGUGCUCUGGACACCGACGGGGCGGGACUAGAAAAUCUUUUCAAUACAAAAGCUCCGACCUAG